AUGGCGCUUGAUGACGAAGAAGAAUUCUCGCCUGAAAUUCUAAAUCAUUUUGACCUUGUUUGCACACAAUUCGCGACAGCUCGUGCUUCUGAAGUUCGCAAAGGUGACGAUCCUGGUGAACAUCUCAAACCUAUUGCCCAGAACCAAGAAGGCAGUCGCCCAUCAAACUCACAACAGUCAAAAUCUCGCACUCACGUUUUUAGACUAUCUAGAAAAACCCCAUUUGGCAGGAUCUGCUCUUGGACAGCACCCUCACAACCCUCGAGCGCUUCUACUGGUGAACCGUAUAAAAUCGAGAUUGAACGUUUGAAGCGCGAGAUGGCAGCUCUUCGGGAGGAGUUAUACGUGAAAGUUGGUGAACUGGCUUCCCUCAAAGAGGCCUCUAGCCGCAGCACCAACGCCCGAUUGGAGGUUAUUCGGAAAUUGGAGGCACAGUUGGCCUCAGAAAGGGCGGAAAGCUCCAAAGCUAUCGCGGCUUUAAACAGUCAGUUGGCAUUUAGGGAAGCUGACUACCAGUUAGUGUCCACUGAACUGGCACAGGCCAAGAUGAUGCAAUCCUAUCAGGCCCUUUUGGAUGAUGAGCCGUCUACAUCCUUUUCUCAAGCUGUUGGUAAUAUUUCACCUGCCUCAGCCCUACUUACUUCAGUAGCAGAGGGUGUGGAUGCUAGACUAGCCAAACGUGGUGGAUGUUUUCCUCGACCUAUUUCGCCUUUGAUGACUCGGGUAACACCUUCCAAACGUCCGCGUCUCUGGAGUGACGAGCUGGUCUGCGGAACUAGUGUUGGCGUUGGUGCAAGCGAUACCACUCCAAACUCUCUGUCGCCUACGAUUACGCGCCCAAGCGGAGUCAAAGUCAGAUCACUUCGACCGUUUGUUAAGCUUCCUACUCUCAAUUUGGUAGAGGAGGCGCAAGCUCCUCCCACUCCUUGCAAGCACACUUUGUCGACAGAGGUGAUGGCGGAUGACAGGGUGGCACCCACACCACCGCCACCACCACCAUCGCCGCAGAAGCUGCGUUUUCGGUUGCGGCGUGGAAGUGGAUCCUCAAAAAACUCGGAUCUCUGUCAGGUAUUGAGAAGGCUGACACUACUUUCGAGGGAAACUAGAUGCCUUCCUCGGGAUCCAGAGUUGCCGGGAGCAAAUUCGCGCCGCGAUCGAAACGGUGAAGGUUUUCAAGCCAUGCAAGGACAGUUCAAACGCAUUGACAAGUUUGUCGCGGCCUUGUCUACGAUCUUAAACGUGACAGCUGACAUUUCGCCUCCUCCCCGCCCUCCUACCCCAUUGUCCUGGCCGCAUUGCCUACGAGCCAUCAGUGCUACCACGGAUGAAGAACGAAGUUCAGCUGAAUGCGAUUUCUUCAGUGGUCUGUCUCGACUCUCCGUCGGGGUGGAGAAUUGUGGUGAUACUGGCAAGCGUUUGGGUGAAUGCAUUGCUCUUAUUCUACCACAGAUUCGAGUCCGUUUCCAGGAGUAUGUUAACUUCUUCCGACUAUACCGGCAAUGUGUCUUUGAUCAUACCUUCACGCAAAAGUUGCAGCGUGAUGGUCCAAUUGAGUUUGAAAGCACCUCUCUGGAUAGUUCGGGGAUAAUCGACUUGGAGCGCUUUGACGAGAACCCUUUUGCUGGCGCUCCCCCCUCGCAAUUGGUCUCCGUUCCUUCGCGUGAUCGUUUUUCUGCAGUAUGUGUUGAGGGAAACGCUCAAACAACUCCCAUCAGCGUUGAAUUUGUUGGACCAUCCACAUGGUCGGAAUCAACCGCAUUACAAGCCAACGAAGGCAUUCUCGCCUGUCUUCGUACAAUCGACGUCCUCCUUGUUUACACACGCCGCCAUGGUGUGGACAUCACUGAACUCGCUAACUUCGUUAGUGAGGUAUUGGACGCUCUGGCAGCAAUGCUGUCUCUCAAACCCGUUGACGAAGAGGCUGUUUUGAAUGCUCUUCCGGCGUUGUGGAUGUCGCGUCUUGCACGCACCAUUCACCAGUGCAUUCAUCUCGCUUGUCGCUUUGCUUUGGAAUUCAACAAGAUAAAUAAUCAGAAUGAAUGCGUCAAUGAGCCAUCGUGGCUGCCCUCGAUUUUAAAUGUCCACCUGCUGGUAGUUUGCGUGAUGUCUUCAGGAAGAACGCAUGAAUACCCCUCGGUUUUGCUAUUAACUCUGCGUUUGUUGACCUACCUCGUAGAGGGUGGUCGUCUCGACCCUCCUGAACAUUCAACAGCCGCUUCAACCUCGUCAUCGAAUUCUGUGGUUUCCUGGUGGGCCUCGGGAGGUGACGCGGAAACCCUGGAACUCAUACAGAGGCUGCGGGAGUUAGAAAUUUCCCUGGGCCAAACAGGCUGCCCCACAUCAUCGUCUUUCAUAUCCCAUAUUUCGAGCAAAAUACCACCCCAAGAACAGUUGGGCUGUCCCCUCCACCUCCUCUGUCGGCUGGUACAUUCUCAACAAUUGACCUUCAAUCACGAUGAUGUACGGCGACUUUGUCGACUGCUUACUGAGUUCAGUAUGUUUACAAGAGCUAUGGCUUUGACUAAUCGGUGGACUCGGUGUGCGAACUGUCCCUGCACUCUAGAGGUGUAUAAAGCACUGAUAGGGUUAGGAUUACCUUUGGUGGAGUGGCUUUUCACAUGGAAGUCCAAUCCAGACCUAAAAAUUCUCUGCCUCUCGUCAUUGGGGUGCCUGAUUCAGGCUCUACAUGCCCUUCUGCUUACACAUGGAGAUGAUACCUUUCAACUUAUCACAGAUCGCAUUCCCGGUUUCUUUUCAAUCAUUUCUCGUCUGUCACGACUGUCAGAUGAUGAUGCAGAUCUUGUUCAUCCAGAAUUAGUUGAGGAACUACACGAUUUUGAUACUUCUCCACAGUCCGAUUCGUUGGAGUCCAACAGCAUGUAUGCUCAAGUGCCUUCGUGUCCUGCCAUUGAUGAUGCGACCCGAUCAGAAUUGGCUCACCGACUUUUCCGUCUCGGUGCGUUGAAUUUUAGCGGUGUACGCCUGAAGACUGGUGAAGUCACCCCCGUCUACUUUGACAUUCGUCUCACUAUGUCUGAUCCAGCUCUUUUGCAGGAUAUCGCACGAUACUUGUACAAAAUGAUAGUCAGCUCAACUGACGAUAAAUUCGACUUGAUUACCGGCGUUCCUGCCGCUGCUAUCGCCCUUGCAACGGGAAUUUCAAUUCAGAACAAUAUACCUAUGAUCCUUACUCGUAAGGCGGCGAAGGACCACGGAACAAAGAAAUUGAUUGAGGGUAUCUGGAAGGCAGGUGAAAAUGUUUUGGUGGUUGAGGAUGUUGUCACCUAUGGCGACAGUAUUGCCGAAACCACCGCCCUCCUACGAUCAAACGGUUUGCGAGUUAAACACGCUGUGGUGGUUGUUGAACGUCAACAAGGGGCCACCGAAAACCUCCUCAAAAAUCACAACGUUCACUUGCAUGCACUCCUCUCCUUUGACGAUAUUCUGAAUAUCCUCUCGACCAAUGGUUUAGUCCCCAUGGAACGUGUUCAAAUUGCGCGAAACUUCAUUGCAGGUGCUCAGUUUGACAGAAGGCAGUCUACUGCAAGGUCAGUGGUCAAUUUCUGCCCCUCUCUGGCGUCUCGCGUGUUCGAAAUUAUGGCUCAAAAAGCCAGCAAUGCAUGCCUUUCGAUCGACUUGCCUUUACCAUGUGAACAGCUGCUUCAUGUGGUCAGAGAUGCAGCUCCACGAAUCGUUGCGUUGGAAAUCGGCCACAUUCUCAUCGACGAUGCAUUCCCCUUACUGGCUGUGCAACUGCGCGAUCUUGCGGACAGACAUAAAUUCCUGCUUAUCGGUGAUUACAAAGUGGCGAAUGACAAAUGCACCGACAAAGGCCUCUUGUCCUCGUGCCGAUGGUUUGAUAUCAUCACCAUGCACGCACUCUCAGGAACGGGACCUUUGAAUGCCUUGCGAAGGCUCAACAAGGCUUCACCGGAUCGAACCGUCGGUGCUCUUCUGAUUGCCGAUAUGGACUAUAAUAGCUCCCUAAUGAAAGCUGCCUAUACAGAGGAGUGCGUAGAAUUGGCGAAAAGGAACGCUGAUGUGGUGGUGGGGUUUGUGACCUCCCGCCCUCUAGACGCCAUUUCUUUGCCAACAAGCGCUGAAGGUGACGUUGUUCCCUCGGUGAUUUACAAAACACUCCCAGAAGGCAACUGCAUUGAUGGAGAUGCCAAUGCUCACAUGAAUGGGUACUGCAAUGGCAGUAUAAUGACGACUACGUUCGAGGGCUCCCGCGUCGGCGUUCUUCGCACCACCUGUCUAUCCACAUUGAAGGAAGGCAAAGUCGAUGUACUGUAA